AUGAAUAACACAUCGUCGAUCAUGAACGUCACCACCAUGGAACCGGCUACCCUUAGCCCAUCUCUCCACCCGUACGAGGCCCGCAUCGGCGUGGCCUGCGUAUGGGUCUUUGCCGCGGUCCUUGGACUCAUUGGGAACAGCCUCGUGAUCUGGUCGGUCGUCCUGUCCAAGAAACUCCGCACGGUGACCAACGCCUUCGUGGUCAACCUCAGCCUGGCCGAUUUCUGGACGAGUCUGUCCUACCCGUGGCAGGCCGUCGCUAUGCUGAGCCACGGGUCCUGGCCGUUAGCUACAGAGGUCCCAUGCUACAUCGCCGCAGUGCAAUUUUACACUGGUCUUGGUGCAAGCCUUUACUCAUUGGCGGCGAUAGCCUUCAAUCGCUUCAUGCUGGUCACCCAGAAACCUGCAACAUACAGUCGUUGGUACUCCCCGAGAAAAGUCUCCGCCAUGAUUGCUGCGACUUGGGUCAUCCCGUCGAUCGUGUUCUUCUUGCCGCCAAUUCUUGGCAUUGGCGACUUUGGUUAUGAUUCUCAGGACAACACGUGUUCAGACAAGGAUGACCAUCCCCGCGGCGCAGAGUAUAACCUGGCUCAGUCUCUUGGUCUGUUCCCGGUCCCCCUUCUUGUAAUAAUCAGUGCCUACGCGGCACUCUACAUCCAUCUCAAACGUCACUUCAGGAAGCAGAAGAGGAGACGCACUCAGCAAGAUAGCCCAGCACGGGAUAACAAAACAGUAGGGCCGCAGUCAACCGUCAGUUUAAGCGUAUCGAACGAGUCCACAGGACCAGAGAUUUCCACCAACAACGUAGCCAAAUGCAACCGGCGAGAAAUCAGCCGUCAGCAGCUUGCAAUCACCAAGAAUCUCUUCAUGGUUUUUUGCAUUUUCUUCGUGUUGAUAUCACCUUACUUCAUUUCUCUGGCCGUACCAAGCAGUCGUCAAUUUGCUCUCUACUUAGGAACAAUCACAAUCCUGAAUAGCUGCGUAAACCCCAUGAUCUACACGGCAAAGCAUCCUCAGUUCAAGUUGGUGCUUCGAAAGAUCCUUCGCUGUCGCUACUCUCAGAUACCUGAACCAUCUGACUGGCUGAAAUCUGUCUUGUCUCAGAACAAGUAAAGAGGGUUUUUGUGCUGUCUUAA